UGGUUGGCUGUGUUUUUCUUACAGGUAGCAAGGUUGCAGGUGGAAGAUUGAUGUGAAUCAUGGAUGAUGCAGAAGAGGAUUACAUGUCUGAUUCCUUUAUUAAUAUUAACCAGGACAUCAGGCCUGGAAUGCCGAUGCUGAGACGUGUGAAGGAAACUUUUAAAAAAGAGGAAAAACAAAAAGAAGCUAACCAGAAAAGUAGGCAAAAGAGCAUAAAAGAACAAGAGAAAGAGCAACGUGAAACGGUUUUAAAUGUUGCUUUGGGAAAUGAAAAUAAAGGCUUUGCUAUGCUCCAGAAGAUGGGGUACCGAAGUGGCCAGCCUCUUGGCAAAAGUGGGACAGGAAUAGUUGAGCCCAUUCCUCUGAAUAUUACUACAGGAAGAAGUGGGCUUGGCCAUGAAGAAGCAAAAAAACGAAAAGCUGAGGAAAAGCUGGAGAACUACAGAAAAAAAAUGAAUAUGAAAAAACAAGUGGAGAAGCAGGCAACUGACCUCUUCAAAAUGAGACUGAAGACUAAGCAGGAGCAACUGCAAGCAAAAUGGGACCUUGAGAAAAGUCAAAAAGCCUGCCAACAAUUAGAUAUACAGAAAGGCCUUGAAUUCCCCAAAGAGGUUUGGUACUGGCUAACACCAAAGACUGAAGAAGAAGACGAAGAAGAAGAAGACGAAGUGGAGGAGGAUAAGGAAGAUGAACUUAAAGAAUCAGAAAAGUUAAUCAUUUUAACAACUUAUUUAAGAGAAGAGUAUCACUAUUGCAUCUGGUGCGGAACAGCCUACCAAGAUCAAGAAGAUCUAUCUUCAAAUUGCCCUGGGAACACAUAUACAGAUCAUGAAUAAUUCUAUAAAAAUUCAAAACAAUAGCAAAAUUCUGUAAUCUCAAUGAAGAGCUGUGGACGAUGUUAUUGUGUAUUUUUCAUUGAGCAAAUUGGUCAUUUGUCACUGCUUCCUGAGCUCUUCCAUGUUUGGAUAUAAAAUGGGCUUUCUACAACUCUAUUUAAAAAUUCUUUGGAAUAGGAACUGUAAUUUGUUAUUUUUCUGAGUUAUUUAUUCUUUUUAAAAUCCUGCUAUGUUUACUUAUGAAAAACAUUAAAAUCUAACAUGAUUGACUCUA